CUUGGGUGACUUGACACGCUCUUCUCAUCUUGCUCUGCUGGACGGAGGGAUGGGCUGGCUGGACAAGGUGCCGCGAACCGAAGGAGGCGGCCUGUGGAUAGGAGGAUAUGCUGCGCUGCACUCCCAGCAGCCUCUCUUCCAGCAGGCAAAGAUCACGCAUGUGAUUAGCGUACUGGACUACGAAAUCUACGAAGCAGACUACCUCCAGCUCUACACGCGCCUGCACAUUCCACUCGACGACGACCCGAAUGAAAACAUCCUCCAGCACUUGCAUAAGACGACGGAAUUCACAGAGGAGGCGCUACGCAAUGGCGGGGCCGUCUUUGUGCACUGUGCAAUGGGCAAAAGCAGGUCGGCCACAGUGUGCUGCGCCUACCUGAUGUGGAAGUACAACCUCACGCCAGAUGCAGCACUCGAGCAAGUUCGAGAGGGCCGCGGUGUUGCAGACCCGAACCCUGGCUUCAUGGAGCAGUUGGACGUCUACUAUCGCAUGCUGCAUGCUGAAAACCAAGUCGCUGCGACAGGGAUAUACAAUGCGUUCUUGAAUGAGCGCGACACAAUGAGAGAUUGGUAUACUUUUCGACCUUAUCGCCGACAAGCGGACCCAGGUUCGAAGCUAUGAAACAAGCUAGCGCACGCUAAGAAUGGCGUCGUGAAGAAGGUGAGAAUUCACUCAAGCACGUGGCUGGGAAGCUGUAGGGCUGUUUGUUGCCAAGCAUAUUCAAUAGCUUCACGACUUCCCGAUCGGGCAUACGACAACGGAACGGCAGUAAGCUGCCGGCUUAAUGGAGGCCUUAAUCAAAGUGUAUCAAAUUGCUUGCCGC